UACAAUUCAAUUGAUCAAACAAAUUGCUAAUCAACUAUUCCGCCUGUUGUCAUGGAUUCAAUCUUUUGUGCCGCCAAAAGGUUCAAAUGGUAGAUUAUUUCAACAUCUUAUCGUUUGUGUUAACUUUCCAUGUUAAUUGUUAAUUUUCUUGUGAAUCUCGCUAUACUAAAGUUUUAUUUUAAUUAUUAUAAACGCUUGUUAACUCCUGCUUCAUCAGCAGUAUAAAAUUAAUUAAUAAUUAAUUUAUCAUUAACGUUAACUUGCUGAUCAAAGUGCAAAGCCUGACUGGAUUUUUUAUCAACAUUACUACUGGUUAUUCCUCGUUGUGUAUGUGUAUUUAAUAUUACCUAACUUGUCUAUUACUAAACCUAUAAUUACUAUAUUUGUUUAUUAUAUGUUAAGUGUUACUCAUCAGCGGGUAAUCAUUACCGGUCUGCUGUCUCAUCUUCUCAACUGUGAUUGAUUUCCAUCCUUUAACAUGCAGCCUUUCAUCUUUAUUAAAUUCAGAUUUCUCUAAAGAGCUUCAACAACGUGUAUUUCAGGUGUGGAUGUCCAAUGCCUAGCAAAAUGUCCACCAGAAAGCCCGGUGAUAAAGAUGACAAGAAAAUUGAUAAAAUGAUCACUUCUUUGACUCCGAAAGCAAGAAGGAGCCUUAUUCAGAGCUUACUCACAUCACUUCAAGGAGAUGACGUUGAAUUCGCUGCUGAAUUGAUUACCAAGAAAAAGAAAGAAACAAAAGCCAAAAAAUCGAGAGUCAAAGAUGACACUGAUUCAGAAACAGAUUCAGAUUCUAGUGACACAUCGAGUUCAGAAUGUGGCGACUCUAAUCAUAGUAAAACAAAUGGUACAAGUUCCACUAAUGGAGAAAAUACAUGUUACCCUAUGGACCCACCAUCAUCUCCUAUCAUUAGUAUUCCAAAAAUUAAAUCUCAACCAGUUAGAGAUGAAGCCAAGUCACCAGGCAAAAAAGUGUUGAAAUCACCAAAAGUUACUGUAGAAAACGAACCCUUAAAGCCCUCAUUAACUACCGACGAAGAGUCAGAAGAUAAUGAUAACUGUAUACUAAUAAUCCCUAGAACCAAUAUUGGUGGCUCUCUAAACAUUAAUGAAAGUUCAAUUGAUGACAGCACAGAAGAAGAGCCUGAAAGUAAAAAAGCUGCAAAUGUUAGAGUUAUUCUUUACAACUCCACGAAAAAAUAUUCUUCCAAUACGCAUACCCAGUCAUCUGUUUCUAGGCCUCAUGUGCAAGAAAAGCGUGACCGUGUUUCAUCAAAUUCAAGUUCUACCGAUGACGAGAGUCCACGAAAGUCACGUGAGCCUGGUUCAAAAUCAACAUCUAUCAAUGGUAGUGCCUCUCAUGACUCAAACCAACCAGAAGAACAAUCAAAUGAAAUAGACGUGGAAGAUCCAGACUCUUCAGAUGCCUCCAAGAGGACCAUUGACCCAUCAUAUGUAGUAGUGGAUAGUGAUCCACGUAUCUUCGAAGAGAAUCUUUCAAAUAGUGCAAUGGAGCAACAACACGAAGAAGACCAAGAAACGGAAAAUGAGACAAAUUUGGAUGAUAAAGUGCUGGACGAUAACGAAACCCCGAAAGAAUCUAUUCCAGAAGCGGAUUUGUCAAAUGAAGUUCCACCAAAUGAUGCAAGUGCUUCUGUUCUUGAUAUUGAUAAUAGUGAAAAUGAUACAAUUGGUCCAGCUAAUUCUGACAACGAAUCUGUUCUCACAUUAGGAACUGAUUCUAUCAGUGAGUCUGCUUCUAGUUUUACAGAAUCAGAUGAUUCUGAUAAUGGUAGCCGCACUAAUAAAAAGAAGAAUGUUAAUAAGUCAAAAAAAGUGAUCAACAAAAAAGUGAAAAGUGACCAGUCAAACUCUGCCAAAACUACAGCUGCCUCUGAAGUACAACAAGAAAUAGCUGAAGAAAAUUCUUGUUCAACCUCAGAUACUACACAUACCAACAGCAUAGCCUCCUUUGUCAUCAAUGAUAAAUGUCUUAGCUCCGUGGCUUCAGUUCAGAUUGUUAGAUUACCUCAAGAACUGGUUGAAUCGACAGCUUCAGCAAACUCCAUCCAACGGAGAGUGCGUCAGAUGGAGAAUGAUGUUUUUAAAGACUUAGAUCUAAGAUGGUGUAAGCAGGCUAGUCGUCCUGUCAACCGGUCAAAAAUGACACCUUCAAGAAAAGUGAUUGACAGUGAUAGUGAUAAUUCCAGUGAUGAUGAAGCCUGGAUUCCUAAUAAAGCUUCUACUAGUAAAGGAAUCAAAAAGACUCGUUCAAGUAGUAGUAGAUACAAUUGGACAGUGAUAGAGAGUAGUGAUUCAAGUGAUGAAAAACCAAUACAGAGAGCCAGGAGAACCAGGCGUACUCGAGGUAAAAAUGACCAAGAAGCAGGCCCUAGUGAAGAAAAGAAAUCUAAUGCUGCCGGAGGUUCUCGUAAAAAACGGAAUCGUGUUGUUUCUUCUGAAGAUGAAUCACAGAUCUCUACGGACAAUGAGAUAGUUAAAUCAGAUCCUGAUGAGAUACUUGAUUCUGGUACAGAUGAAGACAAUAGGCUAUUGAAAAAAGAAACACCGAAACCUAAAUCAAAGCGCCGUAGAGUUGUUACUCUGUCUUCUGAUGAAGAUGACAAGUCUGGCAAAAAGAAAGGUAAAGGCCGAAAGAACAUUAAAAAACUGUUAACAGAAAAGGAGCUUAAAGAAGAAACUAGAGCCGCUGGUCAAAGGGAGAAAGAACGUAUUCAGAGGAUUGCUGAAAGGCAAAAACUCUAUAAUGAAUUCUUACUCAAUGAAAUGAAAAUAAACCCUGAAAAACCGUCUCGGUUAAUUCUUGAGAUUGAUCCAGAUACACGUGAACCGAUUGUUGAAGUUGCUCCUGAAUUAGCUAAACAAAUGAAAAGUCAUCAAGUCAAAGGUAUCCGUUUUAUGUGGGACUCAGUCAUUGAAAGUGUACAUAAGGCUAAAGAAGACGGAUCUGGUUGUAUUUUGGCCCAUUCUAUGGGUUUAGGAAAAACAUUUCAAAUCAUUACUUUUCUUCACACCAUUCUCACCCACCGUUUAAUCAAAAAACAUAUUAAGCACGCAUUGGUCAUUUGUCCUGUAAAUACCAUUAAAAAUUGGAUCUCUGAAUUUCGUCAAUGGCUAGAAGACGAUGGUCUUCUGGAAUUUCCUCUUUUCGAUUUGAGUGAUUCUAAAAGUCAACUUCAACGAGGUGAAACAUUUAAACUUUGGAGACAACGAGGUGGUGUGUUAAUUUGUGGCAUCACUUUGUUUGCUACGCUAGUUAGUCCAAAAGGAAAGAAACCGAAAUGUCCGAAAUGGGUUCGUGACAUUAUCAGUGAAGCUCUUAUCGAACCUGGACCUGACAUUGUCGUUAUUGAUGAAGGUCACGUACUCAAAAAUAGUCAAACCGCUGUCAAUAAAGCAGUCAACUCGAUAUCAACUCUACGUCGUAUUAUCUUAACUGGCACACCUUUACAAAAUAAUCUCGAUGAAUAUCAUGUCAUGGUACAUUUUGUCAAACCGAAUCUACUUGGUACCAAAAAGGAAUUUACUAAUCGUUUUGUGAAUCCAAUCACUAAUGGUCAGCACAUCGAUUCAACGCCUGGUGAUGUAGUUGUCAUGAAAAAACGUGUUCAUGUUCUCCAUAAGUUACUUGAUGGUUGUGUUCAAAGAUUCGAUUACAGUGUUCUUAAACCAUAUCUUCAGCCUAAACUUGAGUUCAUCGUUAGUAUAAAAUUAACUGAAAAACAAAUUGAACUGUAUCGUUAUUAUUUGGACAAUAUGUCUGCUCGUGAAGGCUCUGCUCUUCUUGCUGAUUUUGCCAAUUUACGUCUUAUUUGGAACCAUCCAGCUCUCCUGUAUAGUGCCCAUACCAAAAGAAGAGAAGCUGAAGCUAAACGGAAUGAAAAAGAUUUUGUCACUACUGAAGAAGAAGAAUCAAUGUCUGAAUCAGAUUCUGAUGUUAUAAUUGAAAGUGACAAAGAAGUGCAAUCAGGUAAAAAGAAGGCCAAAAAUGGUGUUGACAACAAUAGCAAUAGUAAUUCAAAUAGUAAUGGUGGUGGUGAAGUUGAUGGUGCUAGUGAUAACGAAGUCUGUAAAAAAUGGACUUCUCGAACAAGAUCAGCUAAGUCAGAAGCAAAAAUUGAAGAACCUCAAUUACCUGAUAAUGAUCCCGAGACACAAUUCAAGAAUUGCUGGUUCUACAAUCUACUUCCUUUCAUGGAAAUGGAUAAAUUGGAAUGGAGCUCGAAAAUGAUAGUCUUGUUUUAUAUACUUGAUGAAUGCGAGAAAAUUGGAGACAAAGUCAUUGUUUUCACUCAAAGUCUUGAUACUCUCGAUUUUAUUGAAACCUGUCUUGAAUCUAGAGCUCGAGAAAUGGAAUCUACUGGCAAUUCUUAUUCAUGGAGGCACGGAUCAGAUUAUUUCCGAAUCGAUGGAUCUGUCAGUGGAGGUCUACGUAAAAGUCAUAUAGAUAUUUUUAAUAAUCCAGAUAAUUUAAGAGCUCGCCUUUUCCUUUUGUCAACUAAGGCUGGUGGGUUGGGUAUUAAUUUGGUUGGUGCCAAUCGAUGUAUCAUAUUUGACGCUUCUUGGAAUCCAACCCAUGAUAUUCAAGCAAUCUUUAGAAUUUAUAGAUUUGGCCAAAUCAAACCUGUGUUCAUUUAUAGAUUUAUUGC